AUGGGAACCACCCUUGCAGACCCAGACGCAAGGUCGUCCCCUCGUGCCAAUCCCUCACCCUGUCGAUUGCCAUUGACGCUGCUGGGUCUGUCUAUACUGAUGAUGACUGUGAUCCUAAAUGUUACUGCUAUAACAUCUGCAUUACCCACGAUCGCUUUCGAUCUCCAUAUCGAUUCAGUCCAGGCCUUUUGGGUUGGGACCUCGUCGCUUAUCUGCUCAACAGCGUUCCAGCCGGUCUAUGGCUCACUCUCGAGCAUCUUUGGGCGAAAGCCAGCCCUGAUGCUGGGAAUCACCUUUCUCACCACAGGAACCAUCAUCUGUAGUCGGUCUUCAAAUGCGACCACUUUACUAACCGGUCGGACCAUACAAGGGCUCGGUGCUGGUGGAGUCACGAAUUUGUCGGAAGUCAUCUUAACCGACCUGGUGCCCUUACGGCUUCGCGGGCGAUACUUGGCCAUUCUCAAUUCAACCUGGGCGAUCGGCUCGACAUCGGGCCCAGUCAUUGGCGCUGCCUUUGCGCAAAAGGUGGCCUGGCGAUGGAUAUUCUACAUGCAUCUACCCUUACUUGCACUAGGUUCUGGUCUUAUCUUAGUUUUCACGCGUUUCCCAUCGUCGAAUCAUUCUCCCUUCGGGAAGCGAGGGAACAUAGACUACGGCGGCAUUCUCCUCUUCACAGGGGGCAUCACCUGCGUUCUUAUUCCCGUCACCUGGGGCGGUGUUAUGUAUUCCUGGGCAUCCUGGCAUACUCUAACUCCACUGCUGGUCGGAGCAGUCACACUGCUGUCCUUUGUCGCAUACGAGGCAUAUGUUGCCGUGAACCCGAUGAUCCCACUAACUAUAUUCCACACCCGAUCACUCCUAGUCAGUUACAUCGGCACAGCCACACAUGGUCUUAUCCUGUCUUGUGGCCUCUAUUACCUUCCCUUCUACUUCCAGGGAGUUAAAGGCUAUUCCCCGAUUAUAUCGGGAGUUGCCUUGUUCCCCGUAACAUUCACCGUUAUACCGGGUGCCAUGAUGACCGGAAUAGUAAUCACUCGAACCGGCAAAUAUCGCCCGGUAAUCUGGGUCGGAUGGUUAACUGCGACCGUCGGCCUGGGCUGUACCUGUGUGGUGCAUCUGGGUACGCACAAUAUCGUGUGGAUUGUGUGUUGCAUAGUCAUUGGCGUUGGGAUUGGCAUGCUAUUCUCGGCCUUGAAUCUGGCAGUGUUGGCUGCUGCCGGCCCGCAUGGUGAGCAAGCCACCGCUGCCACCAUGUUCACGUUUUUCCGGGCGCUGGGUCAGACGCUUGGUGUUGCACUGGGUGGAACAAUAUUUGCGAACCGCGUCCGUGUCAAUUUGUCCCAGAUGCAGCCGGCACUGCCGAGCUCGGUGGAUCAUACAGUUGACCCUCUGAGUCUGAUGCAGCUGAUCGGUCAAGGACCGGAAGCCAUUACAUUGGAGCAGGUGCGUACCAUCUAUGUGGAUAGUCUACGUAUCGUGUGGGCAUUCUGCUGCGCCGUCUGUGGUGUCGCGGGACUCCUGAGUCUUGCUAUGCGGCAUUACGCGCUAGCGCAACGCUAUCCCACGCAGCAGCAGCGUCAGGGAUCCAGGGCUGAAGAGUUCAGCGAGUCAAGGCAGGAACUGGUGGCUAUGACUCUUUUGGAGUCGGUCAAGGAACGGCCCUCGGUUGUAUCUUUCCAUGGAUCAGAGCACUCGGUGGCUUAG